ACUACUAAAAUACUUUGGUUCGGUAUGUUCUCAACGAUCCUUCAGACCGUCCGGUCGUCUGAUAGUACUCUAAGUUUUUUACCUAUGGCAACGCUCGUAGUGUUUCCGGCUAUUUUUUUUUCAUGUUCACAAUUAUUUCACAAUUUCACAUUUUGUUUCGCUGCAUGGGUGACGGUUUACGUCGUUUCAGUUUUCGUUACAAAAUAUUAUAUUAGAUAGAAACAAGUAGAAUAAAAUGUCUGAACAACCACGAGGAAGGGGCAAGGCUCGCGGCCGCGCCGGGCGCGGGUCGCAGGAGAGCGGGCAGGCGCCGCGGCGGCCGGGCGAGGCGCCGGCGGGCGGCGCGGGAGCCGGCGCCGGGCCGCGGCCGCAGCCGCCGGCGGCCUGGGGCCCGCCCACCGCGGCGCCGCCCGUGCGCGCCGGCGGGCCCGCCGUGGCCGCGCCGGCCGGCCGCGCCUCGCACAGGACCACGCCGUCCACCCACGCGCAUCCGGGGGAUGUUGACAUACAACAGAGAAUGCAGACAUUGGACAUAGGCCAGGGUGCACCGGGAGCCUCGGGCGAGCCCGGCGGCGCUGUGAGUGGUCGCGGCUCGCGUCGUGGUGGUGGACGGGUGCUGCCAGAAAAUGUGAUGAUUCUCCGCACCCGCCCGGAUCAGCUGCAAUCUAAGAAAGGUUCUUUCGGCGACCCACUGGAGUUGAUGGCGAAUUACUUCACCGUCCACUCCACGCCACAGUGGCGCCUGUACCAGUACCACGUGGACGUGGACCCCGAGGAGGACAGCACCAGCACGCGCAGGGGGCUGCUGCGCGUCCACGCCAACACUCUCGGAGGAUACAUUUUUGACGGCUGCGUCUUGUACACCGUGAAAAAACUGCACCCCAACCCUUUGGAAUUAUACUCCGACCGUAAGACGGAUGGGCAGCGUAUGAGACUUCUGAUAAAGCUAACCCAAGAUGUCGCCCCUGGAGACUAUCAUUAUCUCCAGAUAUUCAAUCUGAUCAUCAGAAAGUGCUUUUAUAAGCUGAAUUUGCAGUUGAUGGGCAGGGACUUUUUCGACCCUGAUGCUAAGGUUGACAUCCCAGAACACAAGCUCCAAAUUUGGCCUGGUUACAAAACAACAAUAAAUCAAUAUGAAGACCGCCUCCUUAUGGUGACAGAGAUCACCCAUAAAGUGCUGCGCAUGGACACUGUUUUGCAAAUGCUGCAAGAGUAUGCCCAAACCAAGGGCGCUAACUUUAAAAAAAUAUUCGUGGAAGACGUGGCAGGCAAAAUCGUCAUGACGGACUACAACAAGCGAACGUACCGCGUAGACGAUGUGGCCUGGAACGAGUCUCCGUCGUCCACAUUCAAAAUGAAGGACCAGACCAUAUCCUACAUGGAUUACUACAAAACCAAAUACAACAUCCGCAUCAACGACGCGAAGCAGCCGCUGCUGAUCUCGCGCUCCAAGCCGCGCGAGGUGCGCGCCGGCAUGCCGGAGCUGGUGUACCUGGUGCCCGAGCUGUGCCGCCAGACCGGCCUGUCCGACGAGAUGCGCGCCAACUUCCAGCUCAUGAAGGCCAUGGGCGUGCACACCAAGAUCGGCCCCGACACCCGCAUACAGAAGCUGCUCGCCUUCAACCGGCGCUUCACGCAGAACAAGGAGGUGGUUGCGGAACUGGGGACGUGGGACCUCAAGUUAGCCAAUGACCUGAUCAAGUUCAAAGGCCGUCUACUUCCGCCGGAGAAUAUCACGCAGGGCGACGGACGGAAAUACCCCGCCGGCCUCACCACUGAAGGCUGGACCAGAGACAUGAGGUCUCGGCCUCUGCUCUCGUUCGGGCCGUGCCCCUCGUGGGUGGUGAUCACGCCGGAGCGCCAGCGCCGCGACGCAGAGAGCUUCGUGCAGCUCAUCAUGAAGACUGGCAGCGGCGCGGGCUUCAGGAUGCCGCAACCGGAAAUAGUGUCCAUUCAGCGUGACGGGUCGAUGGAGUACGCUAACAUGUGCGAGAACGUUAUCGCCAAGAAAAAUCCGGCGCUCAUUCUGUGCGUCUUGGCAAGACAGAUGGCAGACAGGUACGAGGCGAUCAAGAAGAAGUGCACCGUGGACCGCGCCGUGCCCACGCAGGUGGUGUGCGGCCGCAACAUGACCAGCAAGUCCGCCAUGUCCAUCGCCACCAAGGUGGCCAUACAGAUCAACUGCAAGCUGGGCGGCGCGCCGUGGACGGUGGACAUCCCGCUGCCCAACCUCAUGGUGGUGGGCUACGACGUGUGCCACGACACGCGCAGCAAGGAGAAGAGCUUCGGCGCCUUCGUGGCCUCCAUGGACCGCCAGCAGACGCGCUACAUCUCCUCCGUCAACGCGCACACCUCCGGCGAGGAGCUCUCCUCGCACAUGGGCUUCAACAUCACCGUCGCGCUCAAGAAGUACCGCGAGAUCAACCAGAAGCUGCCGUCGCACAUUUUCAUUUACCGUGACGGCGUGGGCGACGGACAAAUCCCCUAUGUGCAUAGCCAUGAGGUUGGGGAAAUCAAAAAGAAACUAAACGAGGUGUACGCGGAGGUGCCCUACAAGCUGUGCUUCAUCAUCGUGUCGAAGCGCAUCAACACGCGCAUCUUCGUGGCGCGCGGCCGCGGCGAGAACCCGCAGCCCGGCACCGUCAUCGACGACGUCGUCACGCUGCCCGAGAGAUACGACUUCUUCCUCGUGUCUCAAAACGUGCGUGAGGGAACCAUCGCACCGACGUCUUACAACGUCAUCGAGGACUCGACUGGCCUGACCCCUGAUCAUGUAAGUACUUGUCUUUUUUUAACUGGACCCAUAUUUUAAACAUGAGAAUCUUUU